AUGACGCCAUUAGUCUAUCUACCCGUCGAGCUGAUCCAGCUCAUUGCUGGAUGGUGUCCGGCUUCGGAUAUUCUAGCUCUCAGCCGGACGUGUCGCCACCUGAAUACGGUUUGCAACACUGCCGCUGUUUUCGAGAUGUCCUUCCAGAAUCAUCUUCCCAAGCUCACGUCCACAGCCUUCAAGGACAAGACCGCAUUAGUACAAAUUAUGAGAAACUAUAUCGACAGACCGAGAACGACUGGCCAACAGUACGAAGGUCCAAGGAUGACAUGGCUUUGCCUGGCCGUGGCAGUGUCCCGGUUUCCAGAUUCAUUGUCAGAAUUGAGACGGAUUGCAUCGACUGUGAAGUUUGAUGAGAAAUAUAAAUAUGUCGUGGAUGAAGACACCGAGAAGUCUCUGCGAGGACUGAUAAGUUUCCAUGCGACUUUGCCAAUCUGGGGAUAUACAACGCCAUGGCUUGGUUACACACUUCGGAUCCUUCAGUUGCUCUUUAUUUCCAGGCGACUCCUGAGAUGCGACUCCGAAACCUUUCUGCGAUUCUCUUUCGUCUUGGCUAUGAACACCCUUGAAACCCACGAGUCAGGCGGACCAAAUGGCGGAGUCCCAUAUGAAUAUGCGAGGACCUUCUUAUUCCGCGCUGCGCGGCAGCCAGAGUUCAACGAGGCCUGGAUAGAAAAACAGACAUGGGCGCUCCACAUCAUGGAUUUCAUGGCUCGAAAGAUUCACUUCACAUCCGUACACGGGGGGGCAGGCAGGCCUAUACAUAUCCCCAACACCAACUCUGUAAUCUGGGUGCUGCUUCAAGUUCCCGUCCAGCUCCCAGAUCCUAAGAAGAUCGAAUUAUUCGACUCUUGGCAUUCUGGUGGCCGAAGCAAGAUGGAAAACACGAGACAAAAAGGAUUCACGCCUCUACAGCCAAGGUUUCCCCUUAUUACGCCUAGUCUCGUGGCCCAGAAGGAGAAAAGUGGUCGUUAUUUCGACGCAUUUUGUGGUUAUGAGUGGUGGUCUUGGUACAACGCGCGCGUACGUGAUCUAUUCCGGAGCUUCGACGAAGGGGAAUGGUGCUGCUCCUAUGUCUAUUUCCUCAAGGGGAAUGAUUAUCGUCCCGAACCGACUCUGAAGGGAAUACGUUUCCGCAAGGUCACCGCCAAUGGCGAAGAGUACUCGGUUGAAGUACCGGAUGGGGCGGCGCCGGAUGCAGUUCGCAGAAUGCGUGGUCGAGUUAUCGUCCGGGAUGUGUACCAUACUUUCGAAUUCACACCCAGACAAAAUUAUCUGGGCGAGCAUCGCUUGAUGGGUUCAAUCACGCCCCUAGGCAUAUGUGGCAUCGACCACGGAGCCCCGGGAAUUUAUGGAUCUUUCUGGCUCUGGAGGAGUGAAUGGAUGGGCGCUACGGCUGAUUGA